AUGCGGGGUGGGGAGGUGGAGCUAGUCGAGCUGAGCACAGCGUCACCGGCGGCCACGCCGUACUGGUCGUGCCCCAAGGAGACCAAGAUCAAGAACGACUUCGAGGUGGAUCGGGCGAAGGCGCACGAGUGCGUCAGUGUGUUCACGGUGGCGAAGAUCGACGACAAGGGCAAGGUGAUCUCCCGGCUGGCGUGGAACCUUCGGAAGGCCAGCCUCCGAUUUCGAGCGCCUCCCUGGACGCUGGGUUCGCCGGCGGCCCUGGCGGCGAUCGAGCUGAGCGACGACAUGACGGGCAACUUGGAGGUGAUCUCGUUCGUCGGCGACGUGCCGGACUUCUUUUACCGCCUGGCGCUGCC